AUGCUGUCACAGGGUGUAAUAGGGGCUGUGAGAAGCUGGGCGGAUUUGCCUGCUAAGCUUAGAAGCUCUAUCAGCGACUCGAUUUCACCAACAUUAUCUCCUGUUUCGAAACUUGCAAGAUCAAAUUUUGGAGAAGAUGCCAAAGCGGAUAUAUCAGCAGCUAUAUCCACAAAUUGUAAAGCAGCAUCGCCCGAGGAUAAACAGGAGGCGGCAGAGGUAUUUUCAGCAGGUAAUUCUGAUCCUGGGGAAGAAGCGGGAGAAGCUUGGGCAGGAGGGGAACCAGCAGCUGAAGAAGCCUCAGGUGAUGAAGAGCCCGAUCCAGAGCCUGGAGCCUCAGGCGAUGAAGGAGAAGAUCCUGAACCGGGAGUAGCAGGUGCCUCGGGAGAUGUCUCUGGAGAUGAAGGAGUAGAUCCAGAACCAGGAGCAGCAGGAGCUUCUGGAGAUGAAGGAGAAGAUCCAGAGCCAGGAGCAGCAGGCGCCCCAGGUGAUGAGGGUGAUGAAGGGGAAGAUCCCGAACCAGGAGCAGCAGGUGCCUCUGGAGAUGAUGGAGAAGAUCCCGAACCAGGAGCAGCAGGUGCCUCUGGUGAUGAUGGAGAAGAUCCGGAACCGGGAGAAGAAGGAUUGGAGCCGGAUCCGCCUGGGGAACCUGAAGAACCUGAACCAGGAGGGGCAGCUGCAGCACCUGUCUCGCCAGCCGCUGGGGGUGUUGUACAUGGCACAGUCACUGUAACAUCUUCGGUGAGGGUUGUGUAA